AUGGACCAGCCGGACGGAUACCUGGAUGCAACACAGCCGGACUAUGUGUGCAAGCUAAAGAGAUCACUCUACGGCUUGAAGCAAUCGCCUCGCAUGUGGAACCAAACAAUCGAUGGGUUCAUGAUCAAGAUGGGAUUCAAGAAGUGCGAAUCGGACCACUGCAUCUACAUCAAGCGAGACGACCAAGACAUGAUUCUCGUGGUGCUCUACGUCGAUGAUCUCAUCCUGGCCAGCAGCAACAACGAAAUCCUCAAGCCAACCAAGAUGGCGCUGAGCAAACGCUUCGAAAUGACGGAUCUCGGUGAGCUCGAUUACUUUCUCGGCAUGGAGAUCAAGAACGACCGUAAGACGGGAAUGGUGACUGUACAACAAACCAAGUUUCUCAAGUCCGUGUUAACCAAGUUCGGAAUGGAUAACAGCAAGCCAGUGAAGACGCCUCAAGAUCCCGGCCUGAAGCUAACCAAGAACAUGUGUGAACAAGAAUGCAAGCACGAAGACACCAUGUGCAACGUGCCAUAUCGAAGUGCUGUCGGAGGCAUCAUGUAUCUCAUGGUCGCCACACGUCCGGAUCUAGCUGCUGCAGUGGGAUCAUUAUCCCAGUUCUCGUCCGACCCAUGCCCGACUCACUGGCAAGCUUUGAAGCGUGUGCUGAGAUACCUGCAAGCAACGCCCAAUCAUGGUCUUGAGUUUACACGUGAAGAAGGAAGCCGUAUCUGCGGGUACACCGACGCAGACUGGGCCGGCGACAUUGAGUCAAGACGAAGUACAAGCGGCUAUGUGUUCAUGAUGAGCGGAGGAUGCAUCAGCUGGAAAAGCCAGAAACAACGGACGGUCGCGCUAUCUUCAACAGAAGCAGAAUACAUGGCGCUUUCCGAAGCAACCAAAGAAGCAGUAUGGCUCAAAGUGCUUUUGGGGGAACUUGGUGAGAUGACAAGCGACGAAGCGAUCAAGAUGUAUGAAGACAACCAAGGAUCAAUCGCUCUCGCCAAGAACCCGGAGUUCCAUAAGAGAACAAAAACACAUCGACAUACGCUACCAUUUUGUGCGUGA